UGGGGCGGGACCGGGGAGGGCUCAGGUGACGGGACCGGUCUGCACGGGCAGCGCUGCCGGAGCCGGGCGGGCGGCAGGUACAGCCCGCUGAUGGGGGACAGAAGGACGGGCUCCAGGCGGGUCCCAAACCCCUCUGAACAGCAGCGGUGUCCAAGCACUGAGCCUCUGUACCGGGGGCAGGGAGCGUCCCAGUGACAGGGCUUUGGCUUCCUAUUGGGAAGGCACCUCACGCAGAGGGGCUUCCAACAGCGAGAAAGGAACAAGCGGCCUCUUUGGAAACAUUCUGGAAAUAAAGGCAGCGGCAUGAACCUCAAGAAGUACUUUGUCCGGGCGCUGCACCGCCUGCAGAAGGGCCCUGGCUACACCUACAAGGAGCUGCUGGUCUGGUACUGUGACAACACCAACACACACGGCCCGAAGCGUAUCAUCAAAGAGGGGCCGAAGAAGAAAUUCAUCUGGUUCUUCCUAACGCUGCUCUUUGCGUCUCUGGUCUUCUGGCAGUGGGGCAUCCUCAUUAACACCUACCUCUCCUACAACGUCACGUCAUCGCUCUCCAUUGGCUUUAAGACCAUGAAGUUCCCAGCAGUCACGGUCUGCAAUGCCAACCCUUUCAAGUACUCAAAGGUGAAGCAUCUGCUAAAAGAACUGGACAGGCUCAUCGAAGCAGCGCUGGAGAGGAUCCUGCAGCCCACAUCAGGGAACAGCAGUGAGAACAUCUCCCCACCGCUUGACCUGGAGCUCUGGAACCAAAUACCCCUGGUCCUCAUCGAUGAGCAUGACAAAGACAACCCCAUCAUCCUGGACAUCUUUGAGAGGAACCAAACCUCUGUAGGCAAUGAAACUGCUGCAGACAACAAAGCCACUGUGGGCAACGAAACCUCUAUGGGCAACGAAACAACUGCUGCACCUGCCCCAACCAAUACGACAUCAGAAGAAAAGAAGUACAAGCUGGCGGUGAAGCUGUGCAGCCAACAGGGCUCCGACAACUGCACCUACAGGAACUUCAGCAGCGCUGCGCAGGCGGUGAGCGAAUGGUACAUCCUGCAGUCCACCAGCAUCCUCUCCAAAGUCCCACUGCAAGAGAGAAUCAGGAUGGGCUACCAGGCGGAGGACAUGAUCCUGGCAUGUCUCUACGGGGCCGAGCCCUGCAACUACAAGAAUUUCACCCAAAUCUAUCACCCCGACCAUGGGAACUGCUACAUCUUUAACUGGGGCAUGGAUGAAGAGGCUUUGAAUUCUUCCAACCCUGGAGCCGAGUUUGGGCUGAAGUUAAUCCUGGACAUCAGCCAGCAAGACUAUAUCCCGUACCUGUCAUCCGCGGCCGGCGCCAGGCUCAUGCUGCAUCAACAGAAGAGCUUUCCCUUCCUUAAAGAUCAGGGCAUCUAUGCAAUGGCUGGGACAGAGACCUCCAUCAGCGUGUUAGUGGAUGAACUGGAACGGAUGGGCUAUCCCUAUAGUGACUGCACCAUGAACGGGUCUGACGUCCCCGUUAAAAACCUCUACAGCCAAUAUAAUACAUCCUAUUCCAUACAGGCUUGCCUGCGCUCUUGUUUCCAAAAUGACAUGAUGGAAAUCUGUGGAUGCGGUCACUACAUGUUUCCUUUACCUGAAGGGGUAAAUUAUUGCAAUAACGAAGAUUACCCAGGUUGGGCGUACUGCUACUCGUCCCUGAGAUCAAGCAUAAGGCACAGACAGAUCUGUAUCGACUCUUGCAAGGAAACGUGCAAUGACACGCAGUACAAGAUGACCAUCUCCAUGGCAGACUGGCCCUCGGAAGCUUCAGAGGACUGGAUUUUCCAUAUUCUGUCUUAUGAAAGGGAUAUGUCAACAAAUGUGACUCUGGACAGAAACGGGAUCAUCAAGUUGAACAUUUACUUCCAGGAGUACAACUACCGCACCAUCUCGGAGUCCGCUGCCACAACAAUCGUUUGGCUGCUGUCAAGCCUGGGAGGCCAGUUUGGAUUCUGGAUGGGGGGCUCGGUGCUGUGCCUCAUCGAAUUUGGGGAAAUCAUCAUUGACUCCCUGUGGAUCACAGUGAUCCACCUGAUCAGCUGGUGCAAGGGCUUGAAGCAGAAGCGGGCGCAAGCACGGUAUCCUGAUGCACCCCCGACGGUGUCGGAGCUGGUGGAGGCUCACACCAACCUGGGGUUCCAGCACGAGGACGCGGGUGCGCUCCCCAGGGACGAGGCGCUGCCCCCUGAGCCUGGCACCCCCCCACCCAACUACGACUCGCUGCGUGUCCAACCCCUCGACAUCCUUGGUCCCGACAGCGACGCAGACACCGAGUGAGCACCGGCUGCCAUCGCACGCUCUGUCCACCGCUUGCUGGGCUCUCCUCUGCUCCCUGUCACAGUCAGAAAGGAAUAAAAAGCCCUGGCUGUGCUCCCCUCCCCGAGUCAAAACGUUCACAGUGAAGACGCUCUCUCUAAUAAACCCUGUAAUAAACCUCACUGAGUUGGCGUC